GUUAGAAGGCGUUCCUGCCGCUGGGCAAGUUGCUUUGUAGUGGAGGGGCAGGCUCUCUCCUGCAUGUUCUGGAAGGUUCUUGGGCUCGGCUAAGGCAGUAGUCCCAGGAUUUCUAGUUGCCGGCUGCGAGUUCCUGCCGGCUGAGCGGAGCCGCCGCCGCCAUGUUUGGCUGCCUGGUGGCGGGGAGGCUGGUGCAAACAGCUGCACAGCAAGUGGCAGAGGAUAAAUUUGUUUUUGACUUACCUGAUUACGAAAAUAUCAAUCAUGUUGUGGUUUUUAUGCUGGGAACAAUCCCAUUUCCUGAGGGAAUGGGAGGGUCUGUCUACUUUUCCUAUCCUGAUUCAAAUGGAAUUCCUGUAUGGCAACUCCUAGGAUUUGUCACGAAUGGAAAACCGAGUGCCAUCUUCAAAAUUUCAGGUCUUAAAUCUGGAGAAGGAAGCCAGCACCCUUUUGGAGCCAUGAAUAUUGUCCGAACUCCAUCUGUUGCUCAGAUUGGAAUUUCAGUGGAAUUAUUGGACAGUCUGGCUCAGCAAACCCCUGUAGGUAAUGCUGCUGUGUCCUCAGUUGACUCAUUCACUCAGUUCACACAAAAGAUGCUGGACAACUUCUACAAUUUUGCUUCAUCAUUUGCUGUUUCUCAGGCCCAGAUGACACCAAGUCCAUCUGAAAUGUUCAUUCCAGCAAAUGUGGUUUUGAAAUGGUAUGAAAACUUUCAAAGACGACUAGCACAGAACCCUCUCUUUUGGAAAACAUAAUUUGAAUAAAAUAAUUUUUAAUGGAUUCUGAAAUUUGUCAUGUUUUGAAGAGAAAUGACUCCAUUUAAAAGCAUGAUGUCAAAAGGAUGAAACUUAAGUUUAGAAGCUGCUUAUUGACUGUGAAGCUUAAUUGAAAUCUUUACAAAAAAUUAAAAAAACACUGAAAAAUGCAAAUAUGUUCCUUAUUAAUGACUUUUUCUUCCUUAAGCUUAAAAUAUUCAAAGGGCAAAACAUUUUGUUUUGGCUAUAAUUCCUUUUUUUACUUAAA